AUGAAAAGCACCAAUGGGUUUGAGACUUAUUUACAAGCUGACAUUACCUUCUUGGGUCUAGUUUCAUUAUGGUUCUUGUCCUCUUGGGUAUUGCUCGACUGGGAUCAACGUAUUGCUCAACUAAGGUCAACAUAUAAGUUUGAUGGCCUGGAUAACAAGGGUUCUCCACAAUUGGAGACGGCUACUCCUACUAGCACAGAGAAGAACUAG